CCGCCUCGCUGGCUGAUUACUUUGGGCGCCUGGUGGUGCUUUGAAUUUCAAGUUUUCGCGCUCAAGUGGCCUUCCGGUUGUCCAUUAUUACGUGUCGUCGUGCAAGUUAUCAGACAUGGAGUGGAGUAACGGCAACCAUCGACGAGGAGUCGAGUCUUCAUUAUUCCCAGCUUCACGCUGAUUCAAUUCGAUUGAAUUCUCAUUCUCAUUCUUAUUUCAUCUCUCGCCAACACCAUCAUCACCAUGACUGUUUGCGCCGACAACAUCAACAACAAGACCAAGCGUAAGGCCACUAGCGGCAGCAAUGACGCCAAAAAGUCCAAGAACAAGAAGAAGAAGUCUACUAGCAGCAGCAAGAAGAUGCCCAACAGCGUCAAGUCGGUCCCACUGGCCAAACAGUCGGAGAUUCAAGUCAUGCAUGCCUCUUCCACGGAUCGACGCUGUAGCCAUGCACUAGAAAACCUUCUCAAGCUGGCAGGCAAGACCUUUUGGGAAUCCGAGGAGAUUGCGUCACCCAACAAUCGACGAGAAGAAUAUGUCCAGUUCCAGUUGCACCCCAAACAACAAAUCCGUCGGAUCGGAGGAGUGGAAGUGCACGUCUCCAACGUGUCUGUGGACUUUCGGGUGGACUACAGCCUCGAUGGAGUGACUUGGACCCAAGGCUAUGCCCUCUCGGCAUUGGCCAGCUGUGGCAUGCGAUCCAGCUUUGGAUUUCCACCUCCGUUUGUCGCGCGCUAUGUACGGGUGGUCUGCGAGAAUAAACCCACAGAGGAAAACUUUCAGCCAAAGAUGGGAUUCAAGGCAGUGGUAUUCAAUCGAGUGGCACAAAUGUUCGAAGCAAAUGGGUGGGAACAGUAAAUUAGAGAGAGAGAUAGAGAAAAGAACACAAUCAACUCCAAUCAAGUCAAUGCAAAAGAAAGAAAGAAAUAUGUUUAUGAGUGUGUGUGUGUAAGAAGAACAAUCUACCGUACAAUCCAGCUAGCAAGACGGCUAGCUAAAGCAGCGAGAUGGACUAGCCAGAAAGAAAUCAUCAGCAUAGUAAUGAUAGGAUUCACUCUAAACCAGCUUGUUCCUACUGCUAGCUAUUGGGAUUGGUUCAUUGCGCGCUC